UUUGAGUUAUCUUGCAGCACCGCGCCAUACAUUGUGAACUGUUUCUCCUCCAAGUGUGAGGUUAGUGUAGAGAGUUCCCAGAUGUAGCGGGGAAUUUAGUCGCCUAAUUACAGCUGUUUGUUUACCAGUAAGCCACCUUUCACAGUCUGACCAGAAGGAAUCACGUCACAACACACCGCAGAGGUCUGUGAUGAAGCCUUAAGAAGCAACUGCUCUCUGUCCCUCCUUGGCCCGGCGCCUCCACCUGGCACCACCAGCUCGGCUGGGAAACACAUGGUGGUCACUACAGCCACCACGGAGGUGCACUGACACCCUCGCCGCCUCACCUCUCCUCCCCUGUCAAGCCUGCCUGGCAACAACAACCAUAACAAUGAGCUCUCACGGUCGAUCAGGUGGCUUGACCGGCAACGAGCAGCCCGUGGAACUCCUUAAACCGGCUGCGCUCAACCAUUUCGUGGACGUGAGCACGGCAGCACUGCCCAUGCAGGUGCCCCCCACCACCACAGCAAUCCUUCCCAUGGACCUGCGCGUAGUGGACCACCCCCACCACCACCACCACCACCAGCAGCCCCCCUUCGGCCUGGUUCCCCAGCCCCACCCCACACCGCCCACAGCUUGUCCCGCAUCCUCCGAGCCAGGCCGUGGGACAGUCAUUAACCACCAGGAGCAGCAGCUGCAGCAGGAGCUGGUAACUCUCAAACACAAGCAGCAGCUCCAGAGACAGCUCCUGAUCGCCGAGUUCCAGCGGCAGCAUGAACAGCUGUCACGACAACAUGAAGUCCAGCUACAGGAACAUAUCAAGCACCAACAGGAUUUAUUGGCACUCAAGCACCAACAGGAGCUGUUGGAGCACCAGAGGAAGAUUGAGCAGCAGCGUCAUGACCAAGAGAUGGAGAAGCAGCAGCGGGAACACAAACUCCUGCAGCUUAAAAACAAGGAGAGGGGACAGGAGAGUGCAGUUGCCAGUACAGAGGUGAAGAUGCGACUUCAGGAGUUUGUCCUGAACAAGAAGAAAGCCCUGGCUCAGCGAAACCUAAACCACCGUCUGCCCAGCGACCCACGCUUUUGGUAUGGAAAAACCCAGCACAGCUCUUUGGACCAGAGUUCUCCUCCCCAAACAGCAUUGUCAGCGUACAACCACCCGAUGCUGGGCACUUAUGACUCAAAAGACGACUUCCCACUCCGCAAAACAGCCUCUGAGCCCAACCUGAAGCUUCGCUCACGGCUAAAGCAAAAGGUGACGGAGCGCCGCAGCAGCCCUCUGCUCCGGAGGAAGGACGGUCCCAUCACUUCUGCCAAGAAACGUUCCCUAGACGUGGCUGAGUCUGCAUGCAACAGUGCACCAGGCUCAGGUCCCAGCUCCCCCAACAACAGCUCCAGUAACAUCCCCAGUGAGAACGGGGUCACCAUCUCCAGCAGCCCUGGAGAGGCCUCCCUACUUCAGAGGUUGGCUGCAAGGGAAGGUUCAGUCAGCCAGCUCUCUCUCUACACCUCCCCUUCUCUGCCCAACAUCACCCUAGGACUGCCAGCCACAGGCCCUGCUAGCACUGUGGUGUCAGGACAUCAAGAUGGUGAGAGUCGUCUGGCGUUGCCUGCGUUACAGCAGGGCAUUCCUCUGACCCCUCCGUUUCUGCCCGCUGCCCACCUGCCCUCCUACUUGGCAUCUUCGGCUCUGGACAGGGAGGGGGCCGGAGGGGGCACGGCUGGUCACAACCCCCUUCUACAACACAUGGUACUGCUGGAACAGAGCCACAAUCCAAUGGUUGGUCUGGCCGGCCUCCCACUACCAUCACCAUCUGUCUCCAAACUUGCGCGUGGCCACCGUCCCCUUGGAAGAACCCAGUCGGCCCCUCUGCCCCAGCAGCAGUGUGGACAGGCCCAGGCCCUGCAGCAGCUGGUGGUCCAGCAGCAACACCAGCAGUUCCUGGAGAAACACAAACAGCAGUUCCAACAGCAACAGCAGCAGCACAUCAUCAACAAGAUCAUGUCCAAGCCCAGCGAUCAGGUCUCAGCCGCGAGCUCCAGCGCCUCAGGGCCAGCCAGGCAACACCAGAGUCACCCAGAAGAGACGGAAGAGGAGCUCAGGGAGCACCAGGGGCUCUCCCUUUCAUCCUCUUCCUCCUCGACAACCACGCAGGAGACAGGGCCUCUGAGAGGGCUUGUCAUCAAGCAGGAGCCCCCAGACCCCCAAGAGCAGGAGGAGAGGGAGAAGAGGGAGAGACAGGCUGAGCAGGACUUUCUGUUCCGACAGCAGGCUCUGCUGCUAGAGCAGCAGCGGAUCCACCAGUUGAGGAACUACCAAGCCUCCAUUGAAGCAGCCGGAUUAUCAGUCAACUUUGCUGGACAUCGCCCCCUCUCUAGGGCUCAGUCAUCUCCAGCAUCUGCCUCCUUCCCCAUGGUUGUUCAGGAGCCGCCAGUCAAGCCUCGAUUCACUACAGGUCUGGUGUAUGACUCUUUGAUGCAGAAGCACCAGUGUAUGUGCGGCAACACUACCAGUCAUCCAGAGCACGCUGGCCGAAUCCAGAGUAUCUGGUCUCGAUUACAGGAAACAGGCCUCAGGGCGCACUGCGAGUGUAUCCGUGGUAGGAAGGCCUCGCUGGAGGAGCUACAGACGGUCCACUCCGAAGCUCACGUCCUGCUGUAUGGAACCAACCCACUGCGGCAGAAACUAGACUGUUCAGUCAGUCCCAUGUUUGUGAGGUUACCAUGCGGAGGCAUAGGGGUGGACAGUGACACCAUUUGGAAUGAGGUCCAUUCAUCCAGUGCAGCUCGUCUGGCCGUCGGCUCGGUGGUGGAGCUGGUCUUCAAAGUAGCAUCGGGAGAACUGAAGAAUGGUUUUGCUGUAGUUCGACCACCUGGACACCACGCUGAGGAGAGCACGCCUAUGGGCUUCUGUUACUUCAACUCAGUCGCCAUAGCAGCAAAGCUGCUGCAGCAGAGGCUCAAUGUCAGUAAAAUCCUCAUCGUGGACUGGGAUGUGCACCAUGGUAAUGGCACCCAGCAGGCCUUCUACGCAGACCCCAGUGUUCUCUACCUGUCAAUGCAUCGCUACGAUGAUGGGAACUUCUUUCCUGGCAGUGGAGCACCUGACGAGGUGGGCAGUGGAGCAGGUUGCGGCUUCAACGUGAACAUGGCCUUUACUGGAGGACUGGAACCUCCCAUGGGCGAUGCAGAGUACCUGGCUGCAUUUAGGACGGUGGUUAUGCCUAUUGCCAAUGAGUUUGCCCCAGACGUGGUUCUGGUAUCUUCAGGCUUUGAUGCGGUAGACGGACAUGCUCCACCCCUGGGAGGAUACAAACUGACAGCCAAAUGCUUUGGCUACCUGACCAGGCAACUGAUGGCUCUGGCAGGCGGUCGGUUGGUGCUUGCCCUGGAGGGGGGUCACGACCUCACAGCCAUAUGCGAUGCCUCCGAAGCCUGCAUCUCUGCUCUGCUUGGCAAUGAGUUGGACCCCAUUCCUGAUGAGGUGCUGCAGCAGAGACCGAAUGCCAAUGCUGUCCAAUCUAUGGAGAAAGUUCUUGAAAUACAAAGUAAAUACUGGCGCUCACUGCAGCGCUCGGCCUCCACACUCGGUUGCUCGUUGAGUGAAGCCCUGCGGCGUGAAGCAGAGGAAGCUGAGACCGUCUCUGCCAUGGCCUCAUUGUCUGUGGCCAACAAGCACAUUGGAAAGAGGGCUGAAGAGGAACCAAUGGAAGAGGAAGCUACUAUGUAAAGAAACAUCCCUAGCCUUUGACCACUCAGACCAGUCUACAUCUUUGACAGUGCCCUCGUCCAGUCAGUGUCCAUUUCAGUGCCACUCCUAUGUCUCACCCCUGCCACACCAAAAUGGCAUCUUAUUAAGGGAGAGAACAAGCCGAGCUGGCAAAAGUGGCGCUCAAAGGAAAUGGAACACUGAAGAUGAGCGAUGCGUUCUCUGAUCAGCAGUGCACAGACUGAUCAGCAUAAAUGUGUUGCAUUGUCUCUUCAAGACCUUGGAUAUAAGAGGAUUGACUCAACCAUCCCACAAUGACAGCCUUGAGUGCCAGUGCUUUUAAAACACUAGACAGGAUGUACUUUUUAAAUGCCAGUCAGAACCAUAAACGGAUGAUCCGUCGUCAUUGACUUUUCUUAAUGUUCUGUUCAUUCUUUAUCUUCGUCAUCACACUUUCGUCAAAAACCACCAGAGCUAAUGUGAUUGUGACUCUGCACUUCGGAUGAAUCAUUCCUGCUCUUUUUAAAUAUCCGGAUGAAUGGAACAAUGUGGUUGAAUUUCUUGCGGUUUUCAAGGUGGGUGAAGAUUUCAGAUGAGGAAAGGUCAGCAGGUGUUCUAAUUCCAAAAUGACUGACAGUGAAAGACUGUGCAUUCGUGCCUUUUUCUUUUCAAACCUGGUGGAUUUUCUGUUGAACUCUACUGAAAGAGCUUUGCCUUAAAAAAACAGGUUUGGGAACGAGGCCUCUUCUCCCCAAUCCCUUAAACAUUUCUAUCCUGGCAAGACAUCCAAUGCCUGCAUGUUGUUGGCACAUAGACUGGAGGACCUUGGCAUGUUUACCUAAAAUUCCCUGCAAGCAGGUUUCUGUCUUUCCCUGUACCUCCAUCUUUCCUUUUUCCCCCGUCAUUUAAAUAAUUUUAUUUCAGAAGGUAGUUCCCAACCACAAGUUGGAGAUGGUUCAGUUUUCAGGAAAGUUUCAGGUUUAGUGUUACUCAGUAGAGCGAUGUAUCAGAUACAGUCCUGUAGCCAGAGGUAAUGUCUUGAAGGGCGAGGUGUCCGCACCUGAGGAUUUUUCAUACAUCGCAGCGGAUGCAGCAAUCCUUAAUCAGUGAUAUCAAUUUCUUAUUACUUGAAAAUCAAUUUACGGAGAUUUAGAAGUGGGUAAUGGGGAGCCAUGUGUGUCCCCUUGGCAACAGGCCUGAUCAGCAGACUCAAAUGGCAUCUGCAGAUUUUUUUAACAGUUUUCAGCAGUGAUCCAGGAUGAUAAUCUGCAGACUUCUGUGGAAUGUUUUUUUGUUUGUAAAGUAAUAGACAAUAGUCAUUUGGAAAAGAACUGCGGAGAUGUUGUCAGAAUUCGGCAGGCGCAGAUUUUGUGUUGGCCUGCUGAUAAGAUAGGCAUCAAGCAAAGACUCAUGUAGCAUGCACUGUACUAGAACAACAGGACUUAUGAAAACUACAAACCUUUUCAUACUGUGUGUAUUUAGACAGUAAUGAAGCCAAAGCAUGAUGGACUUUGAUCUCUGUAGUAUCAAACCACUUCAUUUCUACAUUAGAAUUAGUCACACUUUUUGUCAGAUUAAUGAGAUGAGAGGAAUUAAUCUCAUAUGGGCCAAUUUGUUUCAGCAGCCCUCUCUUUAUGACAACUGUGUCUCUGCGGUUACAAUGACUGAACCACCUGGGAUUUUCCACAAGGGUGUUCCUGGGCUGCACAGGCUCUCACAGCUGGUUUAACAUCUUUAGUCCCUUGUUAAGCACAUCUGCUGCCCAAAUGUCAGGUGCUGUGAGGCAGGUGUGUGUAUAUCUGUUCACAUACACUGAAGCACAAGCUGCUCUUUAUAAAUAUUCAAGUGCACACAUAUAUUUUUCCAGUUGUUAUUCUUUAUUAAUCAUCCUUUUCUAUUGAGCAGUGACCCAGCCAGUGGGAUACGCCCAUGCAUUAUGAGUAUCCUUGCAACUUUGAAUAACACAUGUAGCUCAGAUUCUGUAUCCUGCAUUUUACUAAAUCGGAAUCUUUUUAAAUCAGGUAUUAGCUUAAUAUUUAAGAAGAUAGAAGUGAAAGAUCGGCUUGUUGCAUUGUACACUGAGCUUAAUGAAUUUGUGCUCUGUACUGGCUCUUAAUUUAAACUUAACCCCGCUAGCAAGACUAUACAACUCACCAGCCACCAGCCUAGUUGUAAGUAAAUUUAGUUGUCCAUUUUGGCCAAAGGCAAAUGUGCUACAAUGGCCCCAAACAUUUCCAUUGCUAAAUGCAUGCUGCAGCUUUGGAAAUGACGAUUCAAAACCCAUACGAAAAUCCAAAACAAAUUGGAUUUACAACAACAGAAAAUGUGAUUCAAAUGAAAAAACAAAUACAUGAACAGCAAACACGCUUCAAACUCAGAAAUAAUGCAAAGUCUCAUACAAACCUGAAAAAACAAAUGCAACAGUAAAACACUGCACAAUCAGUUAACAUGAUGGAAGUUAACCAGGCCUCCAGGGGAGCGUUAGAUGGAACAGCCUGAUUUUUAACCAGAGCCACAGAGUUACGUAAAUUUGUUGCUCUUUUAUGAUAUUAUACACGGCUAAGGCCAACUGCCAAAAAAAAGAAUCGUACCUUUUAAUGUUACGACUUUAUUCCACUUUUCUUUCUGCUUCAAAAACAAACACACUCAUGUGUGGUCUGUUUCCAGGGCUGGAAGUUAAGCUGUUCCACUCAGCGCUCCCCCUGGAGGCCAUUGAACUUCCAUUAUGUUGACUGGAUAUGCAGCAUUUUUCUGUUGUAUUUGUUUUUGGUGGUUGUGUGUUUUUGGCUUUGCAUCAUUUCAGAUGUCUUUGUUUUGGCUUUCUGCAGCACGUUUUGCAUUCGCAGCACUUUUCCAUUGUUGUAUUUGUUUUGGAUUUCCGUACGUAUUUUUGAGUUGGCAUCGUUUCUGAAGCUGCAGCACGUUUCACCGAUUGGAAAAGUUCGGGGUCGUUGUAGUGUGUCUGCUCUUGUCAGCCACUGAAGCUUUUGUCCUUUUCACAAAGAAAAAAAUACAUGUACAAGAUUGAUAAAACAGUCAGUGUGCAGAAGUAAACCUCUGUCUGCAACCAUUUCUCCAGCUUGUGUUUGGCCCCUGGGCAACUACCUUCUCUUACCUUUGUUUCAUCUACGAGCUAAUCAUGUUUAAUGUAUUUUUGCAGUGAACAGGAAACAGAAUGCUGUGGUGUUUACUGUUGUUUACUGUACAAAGGCCGUUGAUCUCCUGAGUAUUCCUGCCACACACAUUUGUCAAUGACUACUCUACUUUAGUUGAUUCUCUUGCCCCUCAUCCGUGUCUUUUUUUGUUUUGGUUUUGUUGCCCUUCCAGUGGACUCCAGUGACUUCUUUUGUACUUUUUUAAUGUUGUUUUGUUCAUAUCCCCCUGUCUGUGUCUCUGUUACAUUGUAAAGCUGACAUACUUCACAACAGGUGAGGGUUCAGAGUCUGUUUUUAGUGGACAUUACAUGACUGUGUUUUCUGGGUUCAGGGUUUUUGUGGGAGGGUCGGGAUGCAAAUGUUUCUACUUUGUAUAACGAUGGACAAUUGUGUAUUUACUGUCUGUUCAUAGUAGAUUUAUAUAUGAAAAGAAAUGAGUAUAUUAUAUAUAUAUAUAUCUACAUAAUGAAAUACUA